AACACAGGAUUAAAUGUGAAUGACUGACUGAAAGGUGAAAAGACGUGUGCCAACACAAAGAAUACAAUAUGCCAAGCAGUCAUAAGAAUCGGGGUGGAAGCCCCAGUUAUUAUCAUGAACACAGAGAUAGCCCUAGCAAGAGGAAACAUAGCAAGUCCUCAAAGUCUGGACGACACAAAAGUAAACGCUCGCGGGACAAGGUCAAGGAACAAGUUGUUAAACCUUUGGUAGAGUAUGACGAUAUUAGUAGUGAGGACUAUUCUUUGAGCCCCGUACCUUCUCCGCCACCGCAGAAGAGUAGACCGUCCCCCGACCCUCCGAAGAAACGGAGACAUGUGUCCCCAGCAACGGCGAUUAAAAUUUAUAAGACUCAACAAGGGAGGGAUUCUCCGCAUUCUUCAAACUCAAGGAGUUCUUCCUCAAGAAGGCCGCCCUCCCCUGAACCUCAUCCUGUGUCGCAGAAGAGUUACUCAUCUUCCAGACAUGGAAGAUCCAGUGAAGCCUCUAGGCCAAGGGCUUAUCAAAGCUCUCCCCCUCCUCCAACCAGAUACCACAGUCCACCACCCAGGUACUCGGCGUCUCCGAAGCGAUCUAAACAAUCAAAGAGUAAGCAGAAGUAUAGGAAAUCGCCUACUAGUAGCAGGAAGAACAGAAGUCCAAGUCCAGACUAUUACCAGAUGUCCAGGCAAAGCAACAAGUCAAGAAGUAGAAGUCCCUCCUACAGCAAAUCUAAAACUAAAAGCAGGAAGAGGCAUCAGAAGGUAUCCCGGUCUCCCAGUGGCAGUCCUUACCGAAGACCUAAACAUUCUCCGUCCAGAUCCCCUUCACCUCCGCCUUAUCGUAGCAAGAAACGGGCACGAAGCCCUUCACUUGAUUUUCCUGCUACCAAGUAUCAUUCUUCCAUUGGAGGAGAAGUCCUCAAGUACAGGAAGAAAAAUAUUCAGGCUGUUAAGACCAAGGAAGUCAAGCAGGAGAAGGAACCUUCUCCAGAACCAAUGCCAGAACCUGUCAAGGUCAAAAUGCCAAAGCCAGAAAGCCCAAUGAUUUUUACAAUUAAGAAUGACCUGAAGGAGAAGGAAACUGCCUCACCUCAGCGGACAGUUGUGGAAUUGCCAGAUAGAGGCCUUGUUAUAAAGAAAGAAAUAAAGCCAGUUGUGCCGUCUCCUGUCCCAGCACCUGAACCUGAACCAAAAAGGUCCUCUCCUCCCCCAAGGCAAGCUCCAGCAAAACCACCUUUGCCCCUCCCGCCUACGAUAGAUGCAGUGGACAGUCCUAUGAGAGUGGUGAAAGAUAAAGGUGAUGUUGCAGAGCGGAUGCGAAAUCUGUCCAGGGAUCGAGCAAGAUCAAGGACAUCAAUAUCAGAUCUUCCACUCCCUCCGAUGGCUCCAACUCCUGAAGAAUCACCAGUGGACACUCCAUCGCCUCAGACGCAGCUACGGUCAAAGAACAAGGAGAAGGAGGCGAAAGAAUCUAAGGUUGACCUGGGGAAGCGGGAGAUGAUCAGACAGCGGAGGGCAAAGUUAGCUGGAAGCUCCUUGGAUUGGGGAGAAAGGUGUGUUGAUGUCUUCGAGAUCAUCAACCAGAUUGGAGAAGGAACCUAUGGCCAAGUGUACAAGGCUCGGGACAAAGAUACAGGUGAACUAGUAGCUUUGAAAAAGGUGAGGACAGAUAAUGAGAAAGAGGGCUUUCCAAUCACAGCCGUCAGAGAGAUUAAGAUCCUGAGGCAGUUGAACCAUGACAGUGUAGUCAGGCUCCAUGAGAUUGUCACAGAUAAACAGGAUGCACUUGACUUUAAAAAGGACAAAGGAGCCUUCUACCUGGUAUUUGAGUACAUGGACCAUGAUCUGAUGGGACUACUAGAAUCAGGACUUGUAAACUUCAGCGAGGAACAUGUCCGUAGCUUCAUGAAGCAACUUCUUGAUGGCCUGAACUACUGUCACAAGAGGAACUUCCUGCACAGAGAUAUUAAAUGUUCUAAUAUCUUACUGAAUAACAAGGGCCAUAUCAAGCUGGCUGACUUUGGUCUAGCAAGAUUGUACCAUGCUGAUGACAAGACCAGGCCUUACACCAACAAGGUCAUCACCCUCUGGUACCGGCCACCAGAACUCCUCCUCGGAGAAGAGCGUUACGGUCCAGCAGUAGACGUCUGGAGCUGCGGCUGUAUCCUUGGGGAGCUCUUCACACAAAGACCCAUUUUCCAGGCCAACCAGGAGUUGGCCCAGCUGGAGCUGAUCAGCAGGAUCUGUGGCACACCUACCCCAGCAGUCUGGCCGGACGUCAUUCGCUUACCCCUCUUCAACACCAUGAAGCCCAAAAAGAUGUAUAACCGUAGGCUCAGAGAAGAAUUCUCUUUGUUACCCAAAGAUGCCCUUGAUCUAUUAGAUGGAAUGUUAACCCUUGACCCUGAUAAACGAACCACUGCUGAAGAUGCGCUGAACUGUAUCUGGCUGCAGGCUAUCAACCAAGGAAAACUGACCCAGCCAGACUUGCCACAUUGGCAGGAUUGCCAUGAACUGUGGAGUAAGCGCAGACGGCGGCAGGAAAGGCAGCAACAGCAGCAGGCUGCUGCUCAGAAUCGAGCAGGCAAUGGGCCGGAGCAAAGCCACUCUAAAUCCAGUCGCAAAGAGCCCCUGCCUCCUGCAGUAACUGAGGAAGAAGCUACUCAUAUACCUGGACUUGGGUCAGAAGAGUCAGGAAGCUCAAAGAGAGGAAGCAGAGCCCCAAGUCGGUCCAACACACCCCAAGCCUCCAAAGAGAGCAAGGAUUCUUCGGGAGAUGGAGGGAAAGGGUCAGGAGAAAAGAAGCUUGCCAAGUUGAUAAACCUGCUUCAGGCUCAGCCCCAGCUGGAUGUCAACAAACUUGCAGAAACCCUCAAUGUGCAAGUUGAUGCCUCCACAAUCAAGCUCUUGGAGAACCUGAACAUGCAGCUUUUAAUUGCAGCACAUGCAACCAAACAAAAGUCCAAAGAAGAUGAGGCGAAGCCAGCGCCGUUGCCUAAUAAGGAGGUCACUACAGAUUUGCUUGUCAAGGCCUUGGAAGGGUCCAAAGGAACAGGUGGUGCCCUGGAGCAGGUGUUUGGGACUUCAUCAUCGGAGCAGAAAAAGCAUGCUAAGGAAAUUGCAACCUCUCUUGCCCAAUAUGUCUCUGCCCUGUUUGGUAAACCAGUCAAUCCUUCAAAAGGGGCAUCUGACCCAGCUCCCUCUAGUGCCACGAGUCAGGGUAAAAGUUAUGGAAAUGCCCAACAAAGCACAUCAAUGAUCACUCCACCCUCAGACUCCCGUAGCUCUUUUCCGGACAAUUAUGGCAAUUCUCAGGGAGGAGAAUCUUCCAGUAUGUCAUAUUCCAGGGAAAACUCUAGACCAGAUAUUGGUGUGUCGGAUGACUCGCAACAGAGCUGGAAACCCCCAACUCCUCUGGGGCCACCACCAGAGUCACCAGAAGCGGAAGAGCAGGAGCAGCAACACGCAGAAGACACUAAUCUGGUGACUCCCGGUGUAAAGGCUGCCUUGAUGCAGAUGAUUGCUCAGCAGGGUUUAUCUGAGCUGGGAAUCGAUCAGCAGCCUGUGGACCCUAACUUGCCCCCACCGCCGGAACCGGCCCUUCCACCCCCAGACAGUGCACCUCAGGACCCCUUCCUACCUCACUCAAAACCCAUCUUUCCCAGUGGACAGUACAGCAAAGAUGACCCAUCCAAGCCAUCAGGAAGUGGAGACAGAGGGAACUUAUUCCCUGCAGGGAAGAACAAGGGUAAAGCUUGGGGUCCUCUUCCUUUCAAUCGAGGGGGUGGUAGAGGAGGGUUCAAGGGAUCACAUCGAGGUAAUAAGAAGGGUCCCGUAGGGCCAGGGACAGGAUGGUCAUGAUGAUUGUGAAAACAAGAGUUACUUUUAUUUUUACAGUCUUGUAGACAGCGAGAUAUAUCAUGAUUUAGGUAUGAUAACCGUCUUAUUUAGAUGUUCCCUUGAUCUCUCGUUUUGUACUAGAAGGAUCAGCUGAUGAAAAUUUUUUAAAGUGUGACAUGACAUAUUUAUCAAAAGUGGAUUUGUGCUAUGAUAUAAAUAUGUCCCAAAAUCACCCAAUGUAACUGAUUAUUUGCUUCAUGUGUCAUAAUAAGUUUUCAUGUUUUGCACUACAAGAUUUAAAAAAAACUAAAUUACAUGUAGCGGAAGACCUCAACAGAAAACAAAGAAUUUUUAUUAACUGGCCUUGACAAAAUGAAACAUGCUUAUUUGCCAUUUGUAUGGAAGACAAUGUAAAUGUUACAGUUAAGAGUAUCGUAAACAAAGUUUUUUCAGAGAAAUGACUCCUAUCAAGUUUUAGAUACAUGGCAAGACCACAUGGUAGUUUUAGUUCCAGCUCCAUUGCAUUUGUCUAUUUAUGAAAUUGGCUAUCGAAAAUAAAAUGGGCAGUACAGUGACCAUUGUUUGAGAUUAUUUGAAGAUUAUAAAUUGGGAAUGAUAAAUCUCCAUAGUACUUCAGGCGAUAUUCAGUAUUGUCUAGCCCUAAUAAGGAGAAAAAUUAACAAAAUGAUUGCAAAAUUCUUGUUUGGGAACUAUGAAAAAUAUAAUUACAGGAUAAAUCAAGAGACAAUCUUUUUAUUUCCUUCUACCAAAAAUUCCUAUGAAAAAUGGACAACACCUUCCCCAUUUCUAUUUUGUAAAUACUUAAAUCAGUAUCAAAUUAUAUUACUUAAGUUCCCUUUUAUCCCAUUAAUUGAAAAUGCAUCCAAUUUGAAGUGAUCAGGAUGUUAAGUUUUUGACAGAAGUGGGAAGUUCAUCAAUUUCCAACAUGUUUUUUGAUGACUCUACUUUUGUCUGCAGAAGGAUCUAUUCUAGAGAACUUUCCUUCUUUCUUAUCUAUUCUUGGCACCCUUAAAGGGGCUGUCAUUCCCAGAAAUUUAGCCAGCACAUGCCAGUGCAAUGUUGCAAGCCAUUCAAUCCUAUUUCUUGGUAAUCUUAUCAAGGUUUAAUUUCUCAAUAAGAAACAAAUUCUCUGUUACAAAGAAGUUGUGAUUCUUGAUAUCAUGAGAUGGAUUAAAUUAUAACAGCUUAGCAUACGCUGGCUAAAUGCCCCAUAACUUUUUAAAGAUUUAACUUCAUUUUUGUCACCUAUUUUUUUUUGGGUUUGCAGACAAAUUCUAAUUUUUGUUUCUCAUACAAUAGAUAGAUUCUUUAAUAGAUAAUAAUCUGUUAAGAUAUUCAUCUAUAGCAUUGCUCAUCUAAUGAAAUGGAGACCGAAUAGAAGAAUCUUUAUUGGCUGGCCCCCAGAGCAGAUGUCUUGGUACAGAGAGAGAGAGAUCUUCAUAUUACAACACUACCUAACCAGCUUUUAAAUCGAUAUCUUUCUGAGGAGGAUGAUUAUAUUUGUAUUCCAAUCUGUUUAAUCUAUUUAAGUUAUUGUAUUUAACAUUUCUGAAUAGAUUAUGAUAAAGAUGUUAUCGAGGUUUAUUAGGCACAUUGCGACACAACUUUAUGUGAUUAUUUAGUCAUGAAAAUAGUCUAAUGCAGAUGCAUACUUUGCCCCCCCCCCCCCAUUAAAUAUACCUGGUCUUGCCUUGGAGAAACUUUAAGAAAAAUAAAAAAUUGCAGGUAACAUGAAUUUUAGUUGCAAACCUAAAGGUUCGUUGCAAUGUGAGGAAGGAACUAGUUUUCACAUACAACUCUGAUCAGAGAUUUGACUUAAUAGUAGGGUAGUAGGAUCUUUACUAUUGCCAAAUGUGAAAGUGUCCAAUAAUGUCAGAUCACCAGCUACACUCUAUGUUAAUGGUGACAAAGUCACCUUGUUCCUCAUUUUUUUUUUUAAAGAUGUGUAGUAUUUCUUGGUUCAUUUAGAAGGAAACCUUUUCAUCAUGUUUGAUUUUUUUAUGAAAGAGUUAAAUAUUAUCGAGAGAUAUAUUUGUAGACUUAAGGAUUUCUUUGUAGUUAGUUGUAAUAUAGAUCCUGAUUUUAGACGAAAGCUAAGAAUCUAAUGAUUUAAACAUCCUUGUAAGUUGUAAAUUUAUGUGUGACUUUGGAUGAUAGUACUCUGUGUGUGCUUUAUGCACUUUGCUUUUUUGAUGUCACGCAAGAAGAUAUUCUUAUUAUCUGGCCGUAUUAAGAGCUGUAAUUAUAAAGAUUUUUUCCUCUAAAUAUUUUUUAAGCCAGUCAGAUGUUAAUCAGAGACAAAAGUUACUUUGCAAACCAGUGCAAGUGUAAUAUGUAAAUCUUAAGAAAAAUUGAAAUUUCUGUGAUGUGUUGAUAAGCAAAGAAAGAAAUUAAAAAUAUGUAAAUUACA